AUGGAGCUCGCUAACAUGAUCAGUGUUCCAAUGUCACUCAACGCUGCCGUGAGAUUAGGCAUCGCCGACGCUAUUUGGAACGGCGGAGACAACUCUCCUCUCUCCGCCGCCGAGAUCCUCCCUCGCCUCCUCUCAUCUGACACUACCAUCGCCGGCGAUUCGGAGAAUCUCCAACGUAUACUUCGUAUGCUCACAAGCUACGGCGUUUUCUCCGAACAUCUCGCCGGAUCCGUCGAGAGGAAAUACUCCCUCACCGACGUCGGAAAAACCCUUGUCACUGACUCCGGCGGUCUCUCCUACGCCGCUUACGUCCUCCAGCACCACCAGGAGGCCUUGAUGCGAGCAUGGCCACUGGUUCACACGGCGGUUGUGGAGCCAGAGACUGAGCCGUACGUGAAAGCGAAUGGCGAGGGAGCUUACGCGCAGUAUGGAAAAUGCGAGGAGAUGAACGGUUUGAUGCAAAAGGCGAUGUCCGGCGUAUCGGUACCGUUCAUGAAAGCUAUAUUGGACGGCUACGAUGGAUUUAAAUCCGUCGAGCAUUUAGUUGACGUAGGAGGUAGCGCAGGGGAUUGUCUUCGUAUGAUCCUUAAGCAAUUUCCUAACGUCCGUGAAGGGAUUAAUUUUGAUUUACCUGAAGUUGUUGCCAAAGCCCCCAAGAUUCAUGGAGUAACUCACAUGGGUGGAGAUAUGUUCCAGUCAGUUCCUAGCGGUGACGCAAUCUUUAUGAAGUGGGUGUUAACGACAUGGACGGAUGAAGAAUGCAAGCAGAUAAUGAAGAAUUGCUACAAUGCUUUACCGGUUGGAGGUAAGCUAAUCGCUUGUGAGCCGGUUUUGCCUAAGGAAACCGAUGAUAGCCAACGGACUCGUGCCUUGUUAGAAGGCGACAUCUUUGUCAUGACCAUUUAUAGAACCAAAGGUAAGCAUAGAACUGAAGAAGAGUUUAUGGAGCUUGGUCUCUCUGCUGGCUUCUCCACUUUUCGACCAUUCUACAUUGAUUACUUCUACACCAUCUUAGAGUUUCAGAAAUAA